GAUUCGGCCGCGUGCGCCUUUCCCUCCGGCCCGCCCAACGCCUGCCGCGCCUCGCAGACCCACCCCGCGUUCUUUCCCUCCGCGCUUUGCACGCCCCUUCUUCUCCCCGGGGUUUUUCUAGAGCCCAGGCCCCGCCCGUUUCCUGCCUCCUGGGCCCGGUUCGUUCCCGCCUCAGCCCGCCCCUCCGCGCCCCUGCUGCUUGUGCUGAAGGCGGAGGCUCCAUGUUGUCCCCUCAGCGAGCGGUAGCGGCUGCCUCCGGAGGAGCAGGUGAUGCCAUGGAGACUGGAAAGCCUGGUCCAGUGCAGGUUGUUUUGAUUCAGAAAGACCAGCAUUCCUUUGAGCUAGACGAGAAAGCCCUGGCCAGCAUUCUCCUGCAGGACCCCAUCCGAGACCUUGACGUGGUGGUGGUGUCCGUGGCCGGUGCCUUCCGAAAGGGCAAAUCCUUCUUUCUGGACUUUAUGCUACGAUACUUGUAUUUCCAGAAGGAAGGUGGCCGUUCAAACUGGUUGGGUGACUCAGAAGAACCAUUAACAGGAUUUUCAUGGAGAGGGGGCUCUGACCCAGAAACCACUGGGAUUCAGAUCUGGAGUGAAGUUUUCACCGUGGAGAAGCCGGGUGGGAAGAAGGUGGCAGUUGUUCUGAUGGAUACCCAGGGGGCGUUCGACAGCCAGUCCACCGUGAAAGAUUGUGCCACCAUCUUCGCUCUCAGCACCAUGACCAGUUCUGUACAGAUUUAUAAUUUGUCCCAGAACAUUCAGGAAGAUGAUCUUCAACAGCUACAGCUCUUCACGGAAUAUGGUCGUCUGGCAAUGGAUGAAAUUUUCCAAAAACCCUUCCAGACACUGAUGUUUUUGGUUCGAGACUGGAGUUUCCCUUAUGAAUACAACUACGGACUACAGGGAGGAAUGUCCUUUUUGGAUAAGCGUCUACAGGUGAAGGAGCAUCAGCAUGAAGAAAUUCAGAAUGUCCGAAAUCACAUUCACUCGUGCUUCUCCAAUGUCACCUGCUUUCUCCUGCCGCAUCCAGGGCUCCAGGUGGCCACAAGCCCUGACUUUGAUGGGAAAUUGAAAGAUAUUGCCAGCGAGUUCAAAGAGCAGUUGCAGACCCUGAUACCAUUUGUUUUGAAUCCAGCUAAUUUAAUGGAAAAGGAGAUCAAUGGCUCAAAAGUCACCUGUCGGGGGCUCUUGGAGUAUUUUAAGGCGUAUAUUAAAAUCUACCAAGGAGAAGAUCUGCCUCACCCCAAAUCCAUGCUUCAGGCCACUGCUGAGGCCAACAAUUUAGCAGCCGCAGCCUCUGCCAAAGACGUCUAUUACAACAACAUGGAGGAGGUUUGUGGAGGAGAGAAACCUUACUUGUCUCCAGACAUUCUAGAGGAGAAGCACUGUGAAUUCAAACAACUUGCUCUGGACCAUUUUAAGAAGACCAAGAAGAUGGGCGGGAAGGAUUUUAGUCUUCGUUACCAGCAGGAGCUAGAGGAGGAAAUCAAGGAGCUCUAUGAGAAUUUCUGCAAACACAAUGGCAGCAAGAACGUGUUCAGCACCUUCCGAACCCCCGCGGUGCUUUUCACAGGCAUCGUGGCUCUGUACAUUGCCUCAGGCCUCACUGGCUUCGUGGGUCUCGAGGUCGUGGCCCAGCUGUUCAACUGUCUGGUUGGCCUGCUGUUAAUCGCGCUCCUCACGUGGGGCUACAUCAGGUACUCCGGGCAGUACCGGGAGCUGGGCGGGGCCAUCGACUCUGGUGCCGCCUACGUGUUAGAGCAGGCUACUUCCCAUAUGGGCAAUUCCACUCAGGCCGCUGUGAGGGAUGCGGUUGUUGGGAGGCCACCUGCGGAUAAAAAAGCUCAAUAGCAUCUUCACCGGAGGAUCCGACAAGAACGCAGCCAGCCCCUACCGAUUUCUGGGUUUCUGCCACGGCCACAGGUCCAGGUCCAGAGGAACGCAGAUCUGGGAUCAUCCGGGAAGUGCCGAGACUCGGCAGUGAUAAAUGCGCAGAGCGACCUUUCCCGUGGCUUCAAAUUCUUACACGUACUUCCAUUUCUGUUGGAGGCGCUUCUUUUCCUUGCUGAUCUAGAUCCCAGCCUGUGUCUGUUUCCUUAUUACUCUCUGCUUUGUGCACUUUAUGGGGGAGAAGGUGAAAGAAGAACAUGCAAAUGUGGUUUUAAGUUCUGCACGUGCCACUUAGUGCCUUUUAAGAUUGAAUCCAGGCUUCUGAGGACAUGAUAGGGAGGGGAUUGGGGAUAACCUCAUGGGAGAUGCUGUUUGGGGGUGAAACCUGUCAGUUCUUUUUAUACCUUACUCUUUUUAAAAAGUUUACAAAACUUGCAAAAGUUUCGGAACAAAAGGCUGAAAAUGUUGCCAUUACACUUUUAAAAUCUUAUGAUAUUAGAAAAUGCUGCUUGCCACAUAGUAUAGAAAAAUUGUAUCCUAUCUACCAUAUGCUGAAAUUUAGAGUCUUUUACCUGACAGGCUGACGGUUUUGUUGGGAUGUACUCUUAUUUUAUUUUUGCCUUCAUUUCUGUAGCUUCUUUCUAGAAAAGAGGCCAACAUGCCUUGAAAAGCCAGACUGGCUCAUAAUAAAAGGAAUGAGCUUGAGAUUUUAAGAAAAAAGCUUGAGUUUAAAUGAACCAUGUGACCUCUGAUAAGUCACUUGAACUUGUGCCUUGGUCAGAUUCACUGUUCGUAGGUUUGUAUGCAUAUAUGUAUUAUAUAUGACUCAUGGUUAUCAUUUGAGAGGCCUUAUUUUCAAGAGUUCUGCAUAAAAACAGAACUUUGUUAAGUUUUAGAGAAAAGACAUUACCAAACAUGGCUGCAUUUAGUUGAUGUCCUGUUUCUUGGGACCUAGCAGUAAAAUCAGGUCUUUAUCUAAAACAUAGGUUUGUCUUUUCCUAUGCACUAAUAUUUCUAAUAACGAAGCUAAAAUUGUCAGUUUUGUUUAGUGAAUCUUCCUCUGUUUAACUUUACUUGACUGGCUAGUACCUUUAAAGUAGCUUUGGCUCAGUGAGGACCCAAGUCCCACCCAGUACAGACAGUAUCUAGAAGUAUCCAGGAAGCUUUCUUUACUUUGAUUGUGUGAUAAAAACACUUUAUCUAUUAGUUACCUUUUCCUUUGAUUUAUAGUGGUGAAUUGUACAUUUUAAAACUUCAUAAAACGUGCCUGCAAGUAUUUAUAUAAACAUUCAGGUCGGAGAGCUCCAAUUCUUAAGAUAUAUUUUGUUUUGGGGGGCGGUGGGAGGCUUGGGGAAAAUGCAGGUGUAGAUCCUGAACGCGGGACAUCUGACGGGAAGGCGGAAAGAAGUCUGGUCUCGCGCGUAAUCUCUUUAUCAAGGAAGUUUCUUUUUACUAUUUUAACACCUCACCACUGCAGUAUUUUUAUAAGUCCUGAAUUCCAAGCAUUUUAUAUUUUUUCAUAUUUACAUACCAUCUUGCCCUGAAGUUGUUGCUCCUUUUUUUUCAGUUGCCAUUAAAUUUGAGGAAAGUUCCAGCUUGUUCUAAAAACUGUCUACUUGCAUAUCAGUGAUGCUUAGUUUUUACUGUUACAUUGAAAGUUUCUCUUUGGAAUAUUGGUGCAUUUUCAGGUGGCCCCUCAUCUUCCUGGAGGUUCACACUUAUUAGCGAAAGACCUUACAGAUGUUGAGAUACUUGGCUUUUAUUGCAUUGUAGAAACGUGUUUAUAGAUUUCCAGAUAACUGUCUAGAGCGGUGCUUUUAAUGAGAAAAGAAUGAUGUGUCUAAAACUUAUUUUAACCCUAAAGUAUUCGAAUUUUUAAAAUAAAAAUAUAUGGUGUGUGAUUUAGUGAAGUCUUAGGAUUAAUUACUGUUUAAGUCACAAUUUCUGUUUUGAUCUUAAAUAAUUUGGUUCAGUGGCCCUGGGGAAGCCUUAUUAUUUUUGUCUUUAUUAACUUAUUAUGCCUCUGGAACAUGUUUAUAAAGUUUUUCUCAGUGAGGAUCCUUAAUGAGUUUUCUUUGGCCCAUUUUUACAGUAAAUCGAUGGUUUAUAUCUUUUCCAAUAAAAGAUACAUUCUCAUUGCUGGCUUUAAAUAGUCCUGGGGAGAUUUAUAGUCUGGUUGCAAAGAACGUCUUUUCCCUCUUAAGGCCCCUCAGCCUUCAGUGCGUGGGCCGGGGGCGCGUUGAGGAGCUCGGUCGGGAAGUCCCGCUGCCCCUCCUGGCCGGCCUUCCCGCACACCCAUUGUUAGCACGCUGGGUUCUGGUGGUUAUGCGGGGCACCUUCCUAUUAAUGUAUGAAAAGGGGUUUUCAGAGUUUUACUGAAAACUUCAUUUCAGGAAAAAAUGUUUUUUCAUUUUUAAAAAUACUUUGAAUUAGGUCUUUAUGGUAAAAAUGAUAGAAUCAAAAUUUCAGUUCUUUCAUGAAUGAUCUAAUGAUCACAGAUGAUGGUAAACAUCUUUGGAGUCCUGCCACAUUUUAGCAGUAUACCAGCAAGUCUGUUCCGUGGAGGCUGAUGUAUUAACACCUACUUUAUGCUUGGUAAAUUUGCCUAUGAAAGUUGUUUUGCUUUAUCUGUUCUUUCUCUUUUCUCUUAACAUGAAGUGAAAGGCUUUAGGCAAACAAAUAAACUGCCUUCCUAACUGUCAGUGUGUUUCCUUAGUAGGUCAUAUCCAGUGUUCUACCUGGCUUAUAAAAGUUUUACUUUUUUCCUAGUGUUUUUUUUUUUAAUAAUUUAUAUGGAAGUCUUCAUAGGACUCUCCUGCCCCCCAGAACUAUUGAAAUGUAAUUUAGGGUGAUUUAGGAUGGCUCCCAUCUAAGGACCAUCAUGGGCUACGUCUUUCUGCCUUUCAUUUAGAUCUGACACAAUUUUAGUCAAGGAAUAGGGCAUAAUGAAGACAAGCUUCAGUCACGAAAGUAAAAACCAUUUGUUUAAGUGAUCUUUAAAAAAAUGACAAGAAGUCCAUUGUACGAGACCAUUUGCUGCCAUUGAAUAGUCUCCUUGCGUCCUGUUACGUCCUGGGGUUUGGGUAACGGCUCUCAUCCACGUUGGAGUGUGGAAGACUUAUUUGGGAGGCUUGUUUCAAAACAUUCAGAUUCCUAGCUUUAUGUCAGGGAUCGCCUCGGUGGGUCUGGGUUGUGGCCCUGGAAUCACCUCUCUGGUGGACAGUGUUGCAGGAGGGACUCGGAGGCCGGUGAGAGACCUCCGUGGGACGGGGAAGUGCAAUUCCGUGUUGUCUGGGGGCCAGGGGCCGACAGCUUCUACCGGGGGCUCCGAACAGGCGGUCUGCCGCCAGGACCCUGGCUCAGUUUCCCGUGUUCAGAGUAAUAAGGGGGGUGGCUUCCAUGCAUGGGGUCACCCAAGCCCCUUAAAGCUGCUUUUGUCAGUCAGGGUGUCAUUCACAGUGCCUUCGCUGAAAACGAAUGUGCACGGAUCCUAUUUACUAACCAGUGUAAUUAGGAUUUUGAAAAAACUAUUUUGAAAGUUUUCUUUUAAAAAAAAAUUCAGCACUUUGGCUCAAACCCCUCUUCUUUCAGGUACAGAAAACCUUAAGCCAUAAAUAAAAAUAACAAAAAGAAAGAUCACUUUGAAAACGAGUGACAAAAGUACCCCGUAUCAGGAACUUUUCCAAGUUCUGGAUCCAGAAGCAGAAAGUUUUCAAAAGAAAUUUUUCUUCCUUGGGAAGGACUUUCAUGUGCCAGAACUAAAAUUUAAAUGUAGUGAGUGCUCUUAUGACCAGGGGAAGGUUGCAUUUGAUUCUCGAAGCUUUCCAAUCUCAAUGGCUAAAUGCUGCCAAGGACUUAAGCCUUAAAGGGGCCAGUAUUAAUACCAAGCAUACACAAAUUUUCCUCUCAAGAGUUUUUUUUCUUUUCUUUACAAAAUGAUUUGUUGAAAAUACUUUCUCCUAGGCCCUUGGCUUUGAACGGCUUUACAAUUUAACAUACUUUUUAAAAAGUGCAGUGGGAUGAGAUUAUGCUACCAGUUUCUUGAAAGCAUGUUUUCUGUUUCUUAGUUGUAAGGUCAUUUAAUUGAAUAAAGAUCAUAGCACCAA